UAUUUCUACGGUGCGACCUCGGAUUCAAAUUUCCGCUGGAUUGCUGAACUCGCCUGGCAACUCUCAUUUUCACUUCGCGUUUCAUCCAGUGUGGUAACUUUUGUGUCAUGGAUUCAAACUUUGAAGGGCUCUUCGUCGAGGGAGCGGAGUUGGAUUGGCUCCAGUGGUGGGACGAGAAGAGAGACGAUCUCCGGAUCAUCUUCGAGGGAACUAAUGUUCUCGGCCGUGUGUCUCGGCGUGCUGGAAUCCCUGAUGAGUACCUGCUUUCUUUCUUGGCUACGCGUUGGGAUCCGUGUUAUCUGUCAAUCGAAGAGUGGCGUGAAUCCUCCAUCACUUGGUAUGAGGGGUUCCUCAGGUACUUGGGUCCCGAGGAUGGGAGUUUCUCCGUCCUCCUGUACUUUCACCAGCACAUCGACUCCAUCACUGAUGGUGCCCUGCAACUCCUCAUGCUUACUCGUCCGGGCAUCUUCGAGGAACGCCGGCGGAUUGUCGGUGCUUGGAAUGCUCGGCAGGCGUAUUUCCGUGAUGUUCGGCCAUUGAUGGGUCGGCUCGUUCCUCCUGCGGGUUGAUGUUUGUGCUCUUCUUCUGUUUCUAAUCCGCUUGU